UAAUCAUCAUUAUCAUCAUCAUUAUCAUCAUCAUUAUCACCAUCAUUAUCAUCAUCUUCAUCACCAUCAUCAUCAUCAUCACCACCACCACCAUCAUCGUCAUCAUCAUCAUCUUCUUCACCAUCAUUAUCGUCGUCAUCGUCAUCAUCAUUAUCAUCAGCGUCAUCAUAAUCACCACAACCACCAUCAUCAUUAUCAUCGAAGUCGUUAAUGGUUACCAUGAACAUGCCUAGCCAAUUGUGCGAUAUUCUCUAUUUACAGAAGGGAUGUCAUCAAUGGCGGAGAAACAGGCUCUGGCAAACCUGGGCCCAGAAAGCCUCACUUGUCCAGAAUGUAAAAGCAUCUUCAAGGAACCGAUGCUUCUACCGUGCCUGCAAUCCGUCUGCCGUCAUUGCCUGUCGCAUAUUUAUCCCCAACACAGCUCUGUGGGCGUCAUCAAGUGCCCACAGUGCGAGGAAACCAUCGAUAAACCUGAAAACGGCAUCGACGGUUUCCCGCCAAAUUAUUUCCGAAAUAGCCUCGUUUCGGUCUACUUGGCGAAAACAGCCAAUCAUAUCCGAUGUCGAAUCUGCGAGCUUCAGGGCCGGGACACUUUUGCGACAUUGAAAUGUAUGAAUUGCGGCGACUUUCUGUGCGAGGAUUGUGGGAAAGCUCAUACGUUAACGCGCAUGACGAUAAAACACGAGAUUCAGCCUCUUUCUGAACUCUCUGGUGGAAAACGAGAUCAGGAGAUUCGUAACAAGCAGCUUAUUAUGUGCGCUAUUCAUGAUGGCGAAUCUGUUAAAAAUUAUUGUGAAAACUGCAACGUCCCCAUAUGCAGAGAGUGUCAGUUGGAACUACACGUUGGCCACACAUGUACAAAUGCAAAGGAUUUGCAACUUUCUAGGCGUAAAGAGCUUGAGAAAAAUGCUGAACAUGUUGACUCUACUGUUUUAGAUAUCGACAAACGAGAAAAAGAUCUUAUCGAGUGCGAUGAAAAAACAGUGGAGAAGCUCGUGGAUCAAAUAGAAAGAGAGAAGGCCGAUAUAUUAAAAUCUUUAAAAAGGACGAUGGACGAACAACGUGAUGCCUGUGCGACUAGAAAGCAGCAGAUUAACACCAUAUCCGCUAUUAUGGAAGGCAAUAUAUCGUUAUGUACCGAUAUUGUAAAGAACGGAAAAGAUGUUGAGGUAUUGUUUCUGGAAAAGUCUCUGAGACGUCGGCUAAAAGAUCUUCAAACGAAGAACAUUACCAGCCUUACCGUUAAGUACUGGUUCGGCGUAUCAACGCCACCAUUCCGCGAGAGGACCACUUUGAGUGCUGCGCAACUGAAAAAGCUAUAUCUAGAAAGCACGGGGUCAGCAUAUCCCGUAACCGUGAUAACCGACAGGUAUUUCGUCGUCGUUAACAACAAGACCACCACAUUUCAGGUUUACGACCUACACGGAGAGCUUUGCAACGAUAUAGUUCCUUCGCGUGGGUCAAAGAUACGCAACCCGGUAUUUGUGACGUCAAACAGCAAAGGGCAUAUAAUCGUCUCCGAUUGGCUAACUAAUAGCGUCAUAAUCCAAGACGACGUUGGUCAGUUUGUAAAACAGGACAAGUUAAAAAAUAAGAUGGGGAAGUCCGAAUGGCUACCCGGGAGAUUGUGCUGUGACCAUUUUUAUAACAUUUUCGUGUCGGAUUACAGUCGCAGUAGAAUUAUAGUUCUGGACCCACAGGGAGAGUUCAUGUUCGAGCACGCGACGCGCAUGGACGGUCUGGACCGACCGCGGUGCAUGACGACGGACGGAAAUGGUUUCUUUCUGGUUUCCGGAAAGGGAGGCUACCCCAACAUGUACACGUGCGAGUACAUAUGAUAUUGGUUACCAAGGACACAUUGUAUGCGACGUAAUGUAGUUUCACUAACUUUUCAUUCGUUUUGGAAAGUUCAAGGAACGUAUUCCCUAACACUGUGUAAGAUUUAAGUCGUUCAUCAUAUGUUUUACUUGGCUUAUAAUGAUAUAAUGAAUGGUAUAACUUUAACUGAUGCUAGCAUUAGUGUUCACUAAGACAUUUAGUUAGACGUUGAUUUUUUUUGCUCGCGUCUUUUCUUUAUUCGUAUGCCAAUUAUUUAUCUUUACUAAUAUACCGAUUAUUUAUCUAAUGAAAACGAUUCUUUCAUAUGUGCAUCACGUAGUAUACAUGUUU